AUGAAAUGCCGAGAGAGUGUCACUGCUUCGUAGCUUAUAAAAGAGAUGUUUUGUACUAUUUUUUAUUUUUAUUUUUAUUUAUUUUCGCAUGCUGUAAUCCUUUGACGCCCUCUCGUCUACGACGUCACUUUAUCCGCACUUCAAAACGCAGCGUUCUUCACUCCGUCACCGCUCAAACUUAUGGCAUCUUUGCGGAGAGCACUAACCGCCAAGCCCCAAACUGUAAAGAGCGCGCCUCUCUCCCUCUCUCUCUCUACACACACACACACACAUAUAUAUCUACGGUCGAUCAAAGAAAUGCGAACCAGGAACCAAUCCAAGCAACAGAAGCAAUCAACCGGCAACCAAGAAGUGAUGAAACCUUCAGAAAACCGAAGCUGUCUAGAGUCAGAUGGCGGCACCCUUACCGCGGUGUCGCAAGAGGCUGUAGGCAAACUUUUGAAAAGAGCAAAUUCACGGGGUUCAUCAGGGUUCAAGAAGCGAGAUAAUUCUCUCCGUAAAUGUGAUUCUGGAGGCAAGCUAGAAAGUAGGUCAGAGGGGAAUGACAAAGAAAGUUUAGAUACAAGGGUUACACAAAAUAAAAAAGAGGCUGAAGGUUGUAGUAGAGAUGCAAUACGAAACACUCCAUUGGAAAAUAUGGUCGAGGGGGAAAGUUUUCAGGAAACUGCUACUGGUGGAAAAGAAGAAAUAGACGAGUUGGACUGGGAAGAUGGAUCUAUUCCUAUUUUGCAUUCUACAAACAAUCAUCAAAAUGAUACAUUUAGGGGAAUGACAAUUGAAUUUGACAGGUCACCAGAUUCUGCUAAGCGGAAGCCUAUCCGUCGAGCUUCUGCUGAAGACAAGGAGUUGGCCGAGCUUGUGCACAAGGUUCACUUGCUUUGUUUACUAGGACGGGGGAGGUUAAUUGAUAGUGCUUGUAAUGAUCCUCUCAUUCAGGCUUCCUUACUUUCACUUCUACCAACACACCUGCUGAAAAUAUCAGAUGUCACAAAACUGACUGCAAAUGCUUUGGCUCCGCUUGUCAAUUGGUUUCAUAAUAACUUUCGUAUUAGAACUCCAAGCAGUACAGAGAGAUCAUUUCAUUCAGCCCUGGCAUUUGCUCUUGAGACUCGUGAAGGGACUCCAGAGGAGGUGGCUGCAUUAUCUGUUGCACUAUUCAGAGCUCUGAAUCUUACAACCCGGUUUGUAUCCAUUUUGGAUGUGGCCUCUUUGAAACCUGAUGCUGACAAAUCUGAAUCCAUUAGUCAUGAUGCAACCAGAGCAGGCGGGGGGAUAUUUAACUCUUCGACACCGAUGGUGACUAGAGCAAAUCAGGUUUCUGCAUUUCCUGUUAAACAAUCAUCAUCAAUUGACAUGGAUGUCUGUGAAACUUCUUCAAGGGUUGCAUGCAGAACUAGAGAUAGCAAGUCAACUACCAACACCUUUCUAUCCAAAGUUUUUCCCAUGGCUGAUCAGUUGAAUGGUCUGGAUUCAUUAGGUUGUGAAGCAUGUGAUGAUAUCUCUGAUGCACCCCCUGUUAAGAAAUCUGAAGGAUCAAAGAGGAAAGGUGAUCGUGAGUUUGAGAUACAGUUGGAAAUGGCUCUUUCUGCCACAGCGGUUGGGAUUCCUGAGAGCAAUAUGAGUUCAGAUGUGAAUGACAUGCAUGGCAACUCAGUAAAUCUAUCUUCUCCUUUUAGAAGAACAAAAAGAAUCAAAUGUGAAGAAUCAUCUUCCUCCCAGGGGAUCUCUACUGCAGUUGGAUCGAGAAAAGUAGGGGCUCCUCUGUAUUGGGCAGAAGUCUACUGCAGUGCAGAGAAUUUGACGGGAAAGUGGGUUCACAUUGAUGCUGUUAAUGCAAUUGUUGAUGGAGAACAGAAAGUAGAGUCUGCAGCUGCUGCCUGCAAAACUUCUUUGCGAUAUGCUGUUGCCUUUGCAGGGCUUGGGGCUAAAGAUGUGACCCGCAGGUAUUGUAUGAAGUGGUACAAGAUAGCAUCACAUCGAAUUAAUUCAAUCUGGUGGGAUGCGGUAUUAGCGCCAUUAAAGGACUUGGAGUCGGGAGCAACUGGAGGUGUGGUCCAUUUGGAACAAGAUCAUUCAAAUGGACACAAGAAAGUAGAAGUACCCGGAAGCUCUGACAAUCCAGCACAAGAUUGUCGUUUACCAGACAUUGUCACCUCACAGGGGAAGUUAACUGUGGAAGUGCCCAAGCACCAUGGUAAGGAAAUGGAUGCAGAUUCUUCUGUGAGGAGUUCUUUUGUAGCUACAAGAACCUCUCUCGAGGAUAUGGAAUUGGAAACUAGGGCAUUAACUGAGCCUCUUCCAACUAAUCAACAGGCCUAUAAGAACCAUCAUUUAUAUGCUAUUGAAAGAUGGCUUACCAAGUAUGAGAUACUUUACCCAAAGGGGCCCAUUUUGGGUUUUUGUUCUGGUCAUCCAGUUUAUCCACGAACUUGUGUCCAAACACUCCAUACAAAGGAAAGAUGGCUGCGUGAGGGGUUGCAAGUCAAAGCCAACGAACUUCCAGCAAAGGAAUUGAAACGUUCUUUAAAGUCCAGCAAAGCACGAGUAUUGGAAGCUGAUGAUUCAGGUGAAGAAGGUUGUCAAGGAACUAUUACUCUAUAUGGGAAAUGGCAAACAGAACCUUUGUAUCUGCCUCGUGCCGUAAAUGGGAUUGUUCCAAAGAAUGAACGAGGCCAAGUGGAUGUAUGGUCUGAGAAGUCCCUCCCACCAGGAACUGUGCACUUGAGGUUUCCCAGGGUGUUUGCUGUUGCAAAGAGGCUGGAAAUUGAUUAUGCGCCUGCUAUGGUUGGAUUUGAGUUCAGAAAUGGUCGUUCUGUACCUGUAUAUGAUGGCAUUGUGGUGUGUGCUGAGUUCAAGGAUUCUAUUUUAGAGGCAUAUGCAGAAGAAGAAGAGAGAAGAGAGGCUGAAGAAAAGAAGAGAAUCGAGAGACAAGCUAUUUCAAGAUGGUAUCAGCUUCUUUCGUCGAUUGUUACCCGGCAAAGGUUGAACAACACUUAUGGCGAUGGUGAGCCAUCACAAAUAUAUGAUGGCAUUCAGAAAGGGGAGGAUAAAGUUGGUUCAGAAAAUGAUGUUAAUGGGGAUGGCAGGCAAUCUACUGUUUGUCAGCAACAGGAUGUACGAGAAAGCAAGCUAGAUAUUUCAGCAAGGUUUCCUGCAGAAGGUCAUGAGCAUAUAUUUUUGAUAGAUGAUCAGACUUUUGACGAAGAGAGUUCAACGAGGACCAAGCGGUGUCGUUGUGGUUUUGAGAUUCAGGUGGAGGAGUUGUAGCAUCUCACUACAUAUAUUUCUUCUUGUUAAUAUUGUGUUCAUGAUGUUGCUUUGCCAGCAACAUAAGAUUAUGGGCUGGCAUUUUGUUAGAGCAGUCAUUUAAUGUUGUUUUCUUUGAACAGUUGUAAUACACAAGAACUCGUGUCCCGACUGGGAUUUGAACUUUGCACCUUCUCUCCUUGGGGAGAGUGGCAGUAGAUUAGAUACCUCUCAAGCUAACAAUGUGGUCAGUUAUAUAAUGUUAGUGAUGAUAGUUAAGUUCAUUUGUGAUAUUAGCAACAUGAUUAGCUUUUAUUUAGAUGUGUUGUAUCCAUCCUGUGAUUUAUUUUAGUUUAUUGAGACACUGUAAAACUUCACUGAUGUAAUAUAUCUAGUUCUUUAUGUGUAUCUAA